AUGUCCUCUUCACCAAAAGACACAGCCGAGACCACUGAGCCUCCGAAAUCGAGCGACGCCGAUACACAACCUUGGAACGAAGACAAACGACGAAAGUUCGAAACGAAAUCCAAGAGCGAGUUCUACGAUCCGUGUCAAGAGGCUGCACAAAGAAGCUAUAGAUGCUUGUUCAGGAACGGAGGCGAUAAGAAUAUGUGUGGAGAGUAUUUCCAGGCAUAUCGCGACUGCAAACAAGCAUGGACUGAUAAACGGAAAAAGGAAGGCCGCGGCUGGUUCUGA